AUGAGAACCACGGAUCACGAAGUACGUGGUGGCCGACCUCUGAAUUCUUCAACAGUGGACACAUUAAACGCUGAGUGUAUUCACACCAAUGACAUCGAGCAGCAAGGUGGCUUCCUCACAGGCCCAGUGCAACGAUCUUCACAGAUGGUAAAAACUACAGCGCAUGAAAUUGAAAACCCUUUCGGCUCCAAGGUCCAUGUCCAGGUUUCGAUACCCGAGAAUGAGAUCAACAGCCCGAAAUCACCAAUAUCCAUGGUAAUAGCUACAGGUGCAACCCCCGCGGCGCAAACUUUGCAGACCUACGUGUAUGCGAUUCCGCGGGCUCAAGAGGUCUUGUCCACCGUGCUGGUAGAUACUUCCGACGACUCAAUACGGGAAACGGCGUUGCGCGUUGCCAAACUGUGCGCCAAAAAGAGCCAAAGGCCGUGCUACUUAAGCAUGGCAGGCGGCCACGGUGCCGGCGGCUUUGGCCUCGAUCAAGUAUCACUAUGUAAAGAGUGUGUUGGCCUAAUCAAUAAGGAUUAA